AUCCACUCAUUCCUUUCUAUCUAAAUCGAAGGCUCUCCUCCCUUUGUUUCGCUUAGGGUUUCGUGGUCUCGGAUCAUGAUUCGAGGGGAUCGGAUCGAUUAGGGCUAGGGCAAGGGUUUCCUUCUCCGAUUACAAUUCGUCGAUCUUGAGGAUGGCGACGGCGAGGUCUUCGAACCCGGGCGGGAACGCCAGCGUCGACGCUGCUCCGCUACUCGGCACCCAGAACGGCGGCAGACGGUCCGGGCGGCGCGGUGGACUCCUCCGCGCCGCCUGGUUCUUCCGCCGGACGAGCAGCCGGCAAAUGAUGCGGGAGCCAUCGAUGAUGGUGCGGGAGACGGCGGCGGAGCAUCUGGAGGAGCGGCAGACCGACUGGGCUUACUCCAAGCCCGUGGUGUUCCUCGACAUCCUCUGGAACUUGGCGUUUGUGGGCGUGGCCGUUGGGGUGCUCGUCCUGAGCCGGAAUGAGACGCCGUUGAUGCCUCUUCGAGCGUGGAUCGUGGGGUAUGCGCUGCAGUGCGUGCUUCAUAUGGUCUGUGUUUGUAUUGAGUACCGGCGGAGGCACUUACGCGGGGGAGCUAUUUUGGACGAGGAAGAGGGUGGGAGUGGAAGGAGCUCGGCUUCAAAUUCACCAAGGCGGGUGAGAGAAGCUUCAGAAAAUGAGCAAGGCCGAUACGAUGAUAAUCCUAGUUGUAUAAAGCAUCUGGAAUCAGUAAAUACAAUGUUCUCAUUUAUAUGGUGGAUUAUUGGAUUUUACUGGGUAUCUGCUGGAGGCCAAGCGCUGACCCGUGAUGCACCCCAACUUUACUGGCUGUGCAUAGUUUUUCUGGCGUUUGACGUGUUCUUUGUCGUUUUCUGCGUUGCUUUGGCGUGUGUGAUUGGCAUAGCUGUUUGCUGCUGUCUGCCUUGCAUCAUUGCGAUUUUGUAUGCCAUUGCUGAUCAGGAAGGGGCAUCUGAAGAUGAUAUAAGCCAACUUUCAAAGUACAAAUUUCGUAAGAUUGGAGAUUCUGAAAAAAUUGAUGAGAUUUCAGGACCUUUUGGUGGAAUCAUGACAGAGUGUGGCAGUGAUCCACCCGUUGAGCGCACUCUUUCAGCAGACGAUGCUGAGUGCUGCAUCUGCCUCUGUACCUACGAGGAUGGUGUAGAGCUGCGUGAACUCCCAUGCGGGCACCAUUUCCAUUGCGGCUGCAUAGAUAAAUGGCUGCACAUAAAUGCGACUUGCCCGCUCUGCAAGUUUAACAUAAUAAAGAACAACAACCACGGAAGGGAGGAGGUAUAGAUGAUGCCUGCUUAUGCAAUAUGUUUGUUAUUUGCCUACUUAGCUCGCAAUUCGAAGUGGACUCUGUAUGAUUGCAAAAGAAAAAGAAACAGAAACCUCAUGUUUUGUGUGUUGUGUGCCUAAUGUUCAUGAAUGAUAUGUUAUUUGUGUCAAUAGUAUAAAACUAUGAUGUGAAACACGCUUCAUCACGAAUAAAAGUAGUGUUCAGCAUCA